CUGCGUUCCAUCAUAUCAAGCGAAGAAGAAGAAGUACUUCCGUGUCUUCGCAAUAUUUUUCCGGUAUAUACUUAAAAUCCCAAACAGCAUCUUUUUUGUCGUUUGUUAACGGAUACAAUGGCUGUGGCCAUGAGCUCAACAUGCCCAGGCCUCUAUUGUGGCAGGAUGAUGGUCAACGGUUCAUUGGAGGGAGAGUGUGGUGUGUGUCCUCGUGGUGAGCGGGCCAACAUCCAAAAGGUGUGUGAACGCUGCAGCGAGUCUCCUGAGCUUUACGACUGGCUGUACCUGGGUUUUAUGGCCAUGUUGCCACUGGUGCUUCACUGGUUCUUCAUCGAGUGGUACUCUGGAAAGAAGAGUUCCAGCGCACUUCUGCAACACAUGACUGCUCUGUUGGAAAGCAGCCUGGCUGCAGUAGUUACGCUUUUGAUGACGGAUCCAGUGGGGUUCCUGACAAUCCGUUCCUGUCGGGUCCAAAUGUUGUCGGAUUGGUACACAAUGUUAUACAAUCCCAGCCCGGACUACGUCAAUACUUUGCACUGCACGCAGGAGGCUGUCUACCCGCUCUAUACAAUCGUCCUCAUCUAUUAUGCUCUCUGCUUGGUGUUGAUGAUGUUGCUGCGCCCACUGCUGGUCAAGAAGGUUGCCUGUGGCCUGGGGAAGUCAGACCGCUUCAAGAGCAUUUAUGCUGCGCUCUACUUCUUCCCCAUACUGACUGUCCUCCAGGCAGUGGGAGGAGGACUUCUCUAUUACGCCUUUCCUUACAUCAUCCUGGUCCUGUCGCUGGUUACUCUGGCGGUCUACAUGUCUGCCUCUGAGAUCCAGGCGUUCAAGAACCUGCUUGUCAAGAAGAAGCGCCUGGUGGUUCUGUUCAGCCACUGGCUCCUGCACGCUUAUGGCAUCAUCUCCAUAUCCAGACUGGACAAACUGGACCAAGACCUGCCCCUGCUGGUGCUGGUGCCCUGCCCCGCCCUCUUCUAUAUCAGCACUGCCAAGUUCACUGAGCCCAGUCGUAUCCUGUCUGAGGCCGGCAACGGCCACUGAGACAGGCAUACGAAACUGCUUUACCUGUUCUUAGACCCGUGAAGAUGUGGACUGACCAGGUGAAGAUGGGUUCGAACCUCUUGCCACUGAAUUUUUGGGACUGCUAUCGACGUCAGUGAUCUUGUGGUGACUUGGACAUCUGACGUUAUACCAGGUUUUGGGAGGAUGAUUGUUGCAUUAUGGGUAUCAGCCAUGAGGUCAUAACAAAAACCUUGAUCCAAACACUGUAUAGACUGUCAGGCUUUAGAGGGGACAGGGCCGCUGUUGUGGAGUGUCAUACUUGCGCACCUGCAUCACCCUGUUCCCACAAAGCUGUUCAUUGUUCCUUUUAAAUGCCCAUUGAACAAAAAGUAUUGUGCAAUGCCACAAUCCUCAUAUGAACUGCUAAAGUUGUGGUGCAACGCCUCCCAUCUGGUGUGGCAGGUGCCAGGCGUCGGGCUUGUGCAAUGCAUUUGGUGGACAGCACCAGUAGCAGGGAACCGGUGUCAUGAACUCUGGCUAUAUUUAUUCCCAUACACUGACUAGUCGGAUUAAGCCCUGAAAAACGACUGCUGUCUAUCUCGAAAUUAACACACUGCACGGAGAGAAGCAAAUUGUUGGUAAUGUCACCUCCAUGACAAAGGGUGUUGCCGUGCACUCUUUUCUUCUGAGUCAUUGUGGGUGUAACAAGGCAGCAGCAUCAACACUUCAAUGCACCUGAAGUCAAGGUCACCAUCAACAAGUGCCAAAAGCAGAAUGGAAAAUGUCUUUUUGUUAAUACUGACUACCGGACCGUUGUGAUGCGUGAAUAACAUGUCCGUUCCAUUGAGACCCUGCUUUUCCAAGAAGCAUUGAAGUACCUACAGCCAGGUGUCUAUGGCAGCACACAAUUGGCAACAUGUUUGGUUUAAGAUGGGCAGGUUGCUUGUUCUAGGAAGGAAGUUCUUGUCAUACUGUAUAUGUUGAAGAUAAGAAAAUGUGAAUUUCAUGAUGUAUGUUGUUGUGUAUGUGUAUAUACAGCAUGGACAUGAGUAUUUUACUAUGUUUUAAACUUAAUUUGUCUCUGAAUAAAGGGUCAACAACAUGGAAAUGUAACUUGGGAACCAAGUUUUAAACUGACUACUGUGAGUCUCCUUUUGUUCUAUGGAAGUAAUUGUUGCAGGAUGAUUUGAGGCCAGUGAGACGACCCUGUAGCAUCCAAAAGCUGAUGGCCAUUAUUGUCCAGAUGCAGGUCAUAACAAUCUUCUUGUUGUCAUCUUCUGACUGAACAAAUGAUAAUCCCAGCUAUAGGCCACAGCUUUUCAGUUCCACUGUCAUGCGUCGUGUAAUU